AGCAUGAGGUGGAGUCCAGCAAGCAUUUCCCCUCGACUGACCACCUUGAGACGUUGUUUGCUGCCCCUUUCGCCAGCAUGAGGACACUGCCGGCGCUGGCUGUGCUGUUUGGCGGCUUCCUGCUUGUGAGUUCAGCUCCCCCAACGUGCUACUCGAGGGUCUUGUCACUUGGUAAAGAAAUCACGGAAAGUUACGUGAAUCUACAGAAAUCCGAAACUGCGGAUCCGUGUGUGAAGACCCUACCAAGACUGUAUCUGGAUAUACACAAUUACUGUGUGUUGGCAAAGCUGAGAGAGUUUGUAGCGUAUCCCCGAUGCCGGCAAGUGCCCCAAGUUGGGGCUCUGAAGGAGAAAGCCCGGAGCCUAUACACCAUCAUGACCUCCUUCUGCAGAAGGGACCUGGUCUUUCUUAGUGAAGACUGCAACGCCCUGGAAAUUCCUGUGCUUUCACCUACCCGUCAUUCAGCCAUUCAGAAGUAGGAUUCCGGCACCCCCCUGAAAAGAGACCAAUUGCUCCAGAACACUGUUGAAUAAAAGGAGAACAGUUUGGGCUUCCGUUUCUCAGGCUGCUGGGAAAUAAAAUGUGUGCCUUGCAUACCUGCUAAGCUGUUCUUUAUAUGGCAUUUCAAACAUCGUAGCUAGAAGUUUAGCUAGAAGUCAAGUGUACUAGUAGAAGAGAAGAGUUGGUACACUUGAAAUUACUAUGUGUAUAUCAAACAAAAUAGAUAUUGUGAAGUCUAGAGGCUGUUCAGUAACAAUAGAACGAAGCAUUGGACAGUGGCAGUGAAAAGAUCACUUUGUGUCUCUUUACCUGAAUAAUGAAGGGGAGCUAUGCAAGAGAGUGACAGAUCCAUUCAUCCCAAUGGGAUUAGCAAAGGAACUCUUUCCAGUGCACUGGACUCAAUGUGCUGAGGAAUUGCGGGGGGGGGGGGGAUCAAGGCAUGUCACAGCUCACCCUGUAUGCCCACGGAAAAGUUCUGUGGAAAAAGAAAUGGGGAAAACCAUUCCAUUUGGGGGAGGGGUCCUUGCUGGCUGCCUGUCAUCUGAAAGGGCUUGUCUGGGUUUUGGCUUCAACUGCAAGGGGUCAUCUUUGCAGAAUUCAUCCUCUGCGGAGGCAUCACCGCAACCAUACGCAAAACCAUGGCAAGAAUAAGAUGGUUACUUAAAAAUAAAAUCCCAGUAUUUUCCAUUGCCAAUUGCUUUGAAGACAACUAAGAAAUGUUCAGGGUGCAGAGUCCGGAAUCAACCUCUGCCAUAACCUUCUCCUUGAAAAUCUUGUCUAGGCUAUACCUAGGGAGAGUUUCCAUGACGCAGGCACCCGCAUAUAGAAAGCUCGCUCAUUUGGAAGCACAGGGUGUAGCCAGGGUGACCAUUUAGUCUUCUAUAUCUGAAGGUAUUCUUUUUUGCAUAAAGAUGUCAGCUUCCACCUGUGGUCUGAAGUGAUCUGAAGUGACCCAGAAACAGGUUGGCAAUUGCAGGGAGGGUUUAGACUGCAUGUUCCUCCAUAACCAAAGGCAGUACCUAGUUCUGUUUUCUCCUGUUGUAAAGUUAAUAAACGUAUCACAGAUCACAAA